AUGCUUAAUCCCAAAUACACGGAUAUUAAACUGAAGAUUCUGAAAUCGUUAAGAUUGUCGAAGAACCUCGCGUCAAUCAAAGGCUCACGCACAGGAAAUUCCGCCAACAAUUUAGAACUCCACGUUCUAACACUCAUCCAAUACGUACCCUGAAUUGAGACAAUUUUUCCGGAAGUUCCCACAAAUUGAUUUACCACACAAACAAACAAAA